UGUAAAAAGAAAGGAAAAUGCUCGGACCUUCCUCGGAUUCAGAAUUCCCGGGAAAUAGACUUCCCAGAAAAACAAGGGAAAACUUUUCUAUUGAUUCCAUCUCCCCCAAAACCCACGAUGAAGUUCGAAAGAUUCCUGUCAAUCCCAAUCUUUAUGGUGAUUUUGUUAAUUGGUACUGUGUGUUACAUCACGGUUUUCAUCUUCAUCGACGGUUGGGUUGGAUUGAAGAGCUCCGCUGGUUCUUUGAACGCUCUGGUUUUCAUUUCCUUGGCAUCUCUCUGCCUCUUCUCCUUCUUUUGCUGUGUUCUCAUCGACCCAGGUCACGUUCCUGCUUCCUACGUCCCUGAUGUUGAACAUAGUGUGGUCUCCGAUCAAGAAUCUAAGAAAAAUGUUCGCUGUGACAAGUGUUCUACAUACAAGCCUCCCAGAACUCAUCAUUGCCGGGUCUGCAGAAGGUGUGUUUUAAGAAUGGAUCAUCACUGCAUGUGGAUCAAUAACUGUGUUGGUUACUGGAACUACAAGGCAUUUUUUAUGCUUGCUUUAUAUGCAACGCUAGGAUGCUUGUACUCUACAGUUAUGAUUAUAAAGUGUGUAUCUCAAAAGGACUUCGAAUUCAUUGCAAGUGAUAGCCACAAGGUUUUUUAUGUUAUGUCUGGUCUAGUGAUGGCUUCCUUGACGGUAAUGCUUGGAGCUCUUUUAGGUUGGCAUAUCUACCUCAUAACCAAUAAUAUGACAACUAUAGAGUAUUAUGAAGGAAUACGGGCAGCAUGGUUAGCUGGGAAAUCUGGGAAAAGUUACAGACAUCCAUACAAUCUUAGUGUACACAAAAACAUCUCUUCGGUUUUGGGUCCAAGUAUGCUGAAAUGGUUAUGUCCGACAUCAGUAGGCCAUCUAAAAGAUGGACUCAUCUUCCCUACUCCGCGUGAUAGUUCAUGAGUUUUCUGAUGUCGCUCAAAUUCAGGUUCGGUGGUCCGAAUUCAUGCAUGUUCAUCAGAACACAAAGAUACGAGGCAUGUUCGCCAUAGUCAUCUCUUAAUAUGAAAAGAUACUAGGAAAAGAGCAACGCAGUGGGAGAAGCGACUGGAGUCUUUUUGAUAAACGUAGGGUUAGGUUAUCAGCUUCAUUAGAUGCAUAAACAAGUACUACGACUUGCACCAUAGGAUAGAGAUCAACACUGUAGACUAAACAUAUGAAAUGGAGACUGGAUAUUUGUUUCAAAUACAAACUGGGGAAUACUACCGGAAUGGAAACAACGAUUGUUUGUUUGGGUUU